CAUUUCUCUUCUUUGGCACUGCAGUGGAUUGCCUAUUAGUGAGCCAACACUUGAAAAUCGAGUCCCGAUGGCUGAAGGUACAAUCUACACACGGGUAUACUCAGAAAGGAGCGCCGGUAAACUCAGCUCCGGCAAGAAACCCACAAGCAAUGCAUUAACCCACGCUGAGCUCCUCGGCGAGUUUCUAAAACAUGCGAACCGGCACAAUAGAGAGCCGACAGCUUUGAUCUCGGUGAGUAGCCGGAUCAUCGAUACCAUCCAGCGCGCUUUCAAGAAAUACUAUGCAUACGACGAGUCGCCAGAAGAUAUCUGGAUCGCUUUCAUCAAGGCCCCGGCCACUGGACAUGAGUCUCCCACUUCACUCCAUGCGGCACAACACUUGGCAGAGGAAUGCGAACCCGAAACACCAGGUAUAUUCCGUUACGAGUACAUUUUCGAAUGGGUAAUACCCGGCAAAUACGUAUUACAUAAGGUCUCUUUGCAGACCCUGAUGGAUCGUGGGCUCGACUGGGAAAAGUAUGUUUUCGCGGGUGACGACGACGACGAGAUUAUAUCGGGUGACGACGACGAUAAGAUUGUAUCUACCUCGAAAUUGCGAAAGCGCGUUGCUGCGGCUCUUCUACCUCAACAAGCAUGGCGUGACCCUUGGGGAGUCGGUAUAUGCUUGACGCUUUUCGCACAAAAAUUCGGAGCCAGAGCCCCUCUCGACUGGGUUGCUCACCAACUAUUCUUCGACUGCGUGAGUACAAAGGUCCCGAUAGAUGGUUGUGUAGUAGUGGUAAAGAAGUAUGGACGUAAUUCUUCAAACAUGGUUGAUUUUGAUUUCUUUUCUGAAUUGGAAGAUGGAAUUGAUACUGCUUUGCAUGAAUGGUGGCUCAUGGAUACCGAAUUCUGUCUCGACUUGAACGAAUUCGAUGAGUGGCGAGCUGAGGAGGAACACGGGAUCAUCCAGGACGAGAGCGACUUCUGGGAAGCUUGGUACUAUCCUGAUUUUGAUGGAAUAGCCGAGGAGCCUUCCGAAAGGGAAAGGCUGGCACGGGAUGAGGCAUGGGAUAAACUAUCGGCCAAGCAUGAAAAGAUUUGGCAAGCUAUUGAGGCGAGAGCUGUGGCAAUAGGGCUGUGAUGGUAUUUGAAGAUGCGUGUGCUUAUGGAUAAAAACGCUGGCUUUGUGACUUUGAUCCCGUUUGCCAUACGUAAACAUGAAUCAGACCCAUAAUGGCCCCGAGAACGUUUUAUAUGCUAUUGGUUCAGUGUUGUAGUACG